AUGCGCGGCCACAGGCCUGUAGUGGUUUCAGAGGUGCCAGUUUAUGUGGCCCUUGAAGACCGGGACGGGCGUCGCUUUGAGGACAAGGGCAGCUGUCAAUAUGUCAAAUAUCGGUGGAUGCGGGGGCCUGUCAUCGAGCCCUGCUUCUUCCAUCCCCACAAGAUGUCCCAAAUCAAAGAUGUGGCCAAAACCUACAACCACUAUUGCUCACGCGAGUGUUUCCUUAGGGGCUGGCAUCAUUUGGGCCAACAUCAGUGGGGCAAGAAGCCAGAGACCGAUGGCUAUGAGAUGUUGGGAGAAUGGACGCAGGUGGCCUCCACCCGGCAGUACUGCCCCUCCCAGAAUGACAUCAACAGACCCUUGCGCAUGGACAUCAUUCCAUUGACCAAGGAUGGACGCGAGUGCGUGAAUGGCAUGAUGUCGAUCACCACUGGCACAGUGAUUCCCACGCCAAAGGAAGCACGGAUGCGGCAGAUGAUCAGUAAUGGUGGCCAGUUCAAUGCAGAAUGGCUCAGCAAACAGUUCAAGGUCAUGAACUGGAACAUUUUGGCUGACCUCUAUGCCACCGAAAAUGUGUACCCGUACUGCGAGAAGUGGGCAUUGUCCUGGAAUUGGCGGAAACACCUCAUCAUCAAGGAGUUGAAGUCCAUGGCGGCGGACAUCAUUACGCUGCAAGAGGUGCAAAAGGACGCCUUCGAGGAAUGGUUUCGGCCGACGCUGAUGGAAGCGGGCUACGAAGGCAUCUUCCAACCGCCCCCUCGGUACACCACCGAGGGUUGCGCAACCUUCUUCAAGACCACUCGCUUCAAGCGAUUGGACAAGGCCAUCUUUGACUAUGACAAGCUGUCGCAGCAGGAGCUGUUAAGUGCUCGUGUCGACAAUGACGUGGAGAUUCGCAACAAAAAAUUGCCGCGCCAGCAAAAAUGCCUUCACCGAGUGAACCGUGGAAACAUUGCCUUGGCCGUCAUUUUGGAGGAUGGCCGGGGGUGCUGGUGCUGGGAGGCUGGUCCCCAACUGACAAGGUUCUUACGAGGAUCGACUCCAAAAGCCACUUGGAACAAAGUGGCCAGGGUGGCCGGUGACAUGCGAAGUAAAGGAAGAAUGGGAGUGCAGCUGGACAAGGUGGUGAAUACCCAUAUCCUUUGCGACCCGGGUGCAGCAGAUGUGAAACUUUUCCAAGCGCAUCUCCUGUUGAAGGCCAUUCAGGGAACCACCGCAUGUCGCAUGCCCAUUUUGGUGUGUGGCGAUUUUAAUUCGACCCCCGACUCCGCUGUCUACGAGUAUUUCCGUCGUGGCCAAGUGAGACAAGAUCAUGAAGAUCUCAAGAAAGAUCCUGCCGGUCUAAUGAGGCUCCUGCAUUUGCAGAGUGGCACCUGUAUGGCCACGGCCUAUGAGACCUGCACGGGCAAGGAGGCGACCUUCACCAAUUACACAGAGGAUUUCAAGGGGACGUUGGACUACAUCUGGUUUUCACCGGACAACCUUUCGGUCCUGGCGAUUUCUCAAGUGGACGAUGAAGCACAGCUGUCACAGGAGAGCGCUUUGCCGUCGAGCACUCGGCCUUCAGACCAUGUGUCGCUGGUGGCCACGUUCAUGUUCCACGACGCUCACGAGCCUGAACCACAGGUAGCUGAUGGGGGCGGCAACGUUUUGCUGUGUAUAUCUGCAGACCUUGGGUAG